ACAUCUCUGGAGUCAAUUGUUUAUCAGUGAACAAUAAAGCAGAAAUAAAAAAUAAAGUGAAAAUUUUUAGUAAAAAAAUAAUAUUUAACAAAAGAAAUGGAUAAUAAAGAAAGUAUAGAUGUCACCAAUAAUAUGGUAGAUAAAGUGAUAUCGAAAAAUGCCAGCACAAACUCACUGGACACGGAUUCUAAGUCUAGUUCGAUUGGCUCGAAACAUGGUGCGGAAAUGGGCACAACGAAAGACACACCCUUUACCUAUUUAGAGGGAGAAGAAGAUCAGGAUCAGAAAAAUGAUGUUACCUACGUGUGUCCUUAUAGGGGACCAGCUUAUGGUGCAUUAACUAUAACAAAUUAUCGUUUAUAUUUCCGUUCUCUGCCUUUGCGUGACCACGAGCCACCAGUAGUGGUGGAUGUGCCAUUGGGUGUAAUAGCUCGGGUGGAAAAGAUUGGUGGCGCCACUUCUAGGGGAGAAAAUUCGUAUGGUAUUGAAAUAUUUUGCAAAGAUAUGAGAAAUUUACGUUUUGCGCACAAGCAACAAAAUCAUUCCCGGAGAACAGUAUUUGAAAAGCUGCAGUCGUAUGCUUUUCCCUUAUCCUACAGUGGACGUUUAUUUGCCUUUGCUCAUGCUGCGGCAGUGGGUAGCUCUCAGCCUGGAGAAAAUGGUUGGGCGGUUUAUGAACCUUUGGCUGAAUUAAGACGUUUGGGUGUGCCCAACGAUAUGUGGAGGGCCACAAAGAUUAAUGAAACAUAUGCGGUAUGUGACAGUUACCCAGCUGUAUGGGCAGUGCCAAAACAAGCUUCAGAUGAUUUCCUGCGUAGAGUGGCACAAUUUCGUUCCAGAUGCCGUUUGCCGGUAUUGUCGUGGAUGCAUCCCAGAUCACAGGCUACUAUCACUAGAUGUUCCCAGCCAUUGGUGGGUGUGGGAGGCAAACGUAGUGCUGAUGAUGAGCAAUAUUUGAACUAUAUAAUGGAAGCUAAUGCCCAGUCGGACAAAUUGGCCAUUAUGGAUGCACGACCCAGUGCCAAUGCUAUUGCUAAUAAAGCCAAAGGUGGUGGCUAUGAGUCCGAGGAGGCCUAUAAAAAUGUAGAAAUACAUUUUCUAGACAUACACAAUAUUCAUGUAAUGCGUGAGAGUUUGCGCAAGGUGAAGGAGGUUUGUUAUCCCACUAUCGAUGACUCUAAAUGGUUGUCAUCCAUUGACAAUAGUUUGUGGUUAAAGCAUAUUAAAUGUAUUUUGGCGGGAGCUGUGCGCAUAGUAGAUAAAGUGGAAACUAUGAGUACUUCCGUGGUAGUUCAUUGUUCCGAUGGCUGGGAUCGUACUGCCCAAUUGACAGCCUUGGCUAUGUUGCUACUUGAUCCUUAUUAUCGUACUCUUAGAGGUUUCGAGGUAUUAAUUGAAAAAGAAUGGCUUUCAUUUGGUCAUAAGUUCCAGCAGCGUAUUGGACAUGGUGAUAAUCGACAUUCGGAUGCUGAUCGUUCGCCCGUAUUUCUACAAUUCAUAGACUGUGUUUGGCAGGUGUCGCAACAAUAUCCAAAUGCCUUCGAAUUCAAUGAACAUUUCCUAAUAACCAUUAUCGAUCAUUUAUACUCGUGUCGUUUUGGCACAUUCCUUUGCAACACAGAGGCCGAUCGGAUACAAGAAGAUCUCAAACACAAGACCAUUUCUUUGUGGACCUACAUCAAUUCCUCCUUGGAUCAAUAUUUGAAUCCUCUAUAUCCCUCUUUCACACAGGGUGCCCAGACUAUAUUGCGUCCUAUUGCUAGUAUGCGCAUUGUUAAAAUUUGGAAAGGUCUCUAUUGUCGUUGGAAUCCCAGCAUGAGACCUCAAAAUAAAAUUUAUAAUCGUACACGUGAGCUAUUGGCUCUGCAGGAACAGUUGGUUAAACAAGUUAGCGAGAAGCGUAUGAAGGCCAAUAUGCGUCAGACAAUUCAGGCUUCCACACGUCUGGCCUCACCCAUGCAUUAAGAGAAUUUCUUUUUUAGGUCAUUCUUUCAAACAGUAAUUAUAUACAUAUAUGUAUUUUUCUUCCUUUUUCAAAGGCAUGCGAAAUAUAUUUUUAAUUAUUUUAAGUAUUUUGUUUUGAUUUUCUUCAUAUCUUAUUUUAAUUUGUUUAUGUCGUUAAAAAAUCUCAAAUAUAAUGGAUUUAUAUUUAUAUAUUAUAAUAAAUAUUUACUACUUUAAUAAUAACUAUGUAUAUUGUUAUUUCGAAUAAACACAGCACAUAAGAGAUAUCUAAA